AUGAAAAUAUACCUAAACAAGAUACAUGAAGUCGAUUGUGAAGAAUUCGUGGUUAACAUAGUCACCUGGAAGAUAGCAGCUGGGACCUCUCUAUUCGUAUCGGCUUUGCUUUUUGGUUUUCCUCCUCCAGGAGAGAAAGAAGAUGCUCAUGUCCUCGAUGAAGAAGAAGGUCUGUCCUUGUUGAGAGUUGUUGCAGCCACUGAGAAUCUAGUUGACAAGUAUAUCACUGGAAGAGGAGCUCAUGGACAGAGCCACUUUAGGGUCAGGUGUGAAAAAGCUCAUCUUUGUCGCGCAAACCAAAAAUAUGAAGAGAGAGAUUGA